GUCUCAUUCCUCUUGACUCAGACCGGUCGUCGUUCGUCCUAUUCAACAUGUCCCUCGAGGAGAAGAAGGCUGCAUCCAUCGACGAAAGCGCAGCAAGUGUCGAGCAGCGCGAGGCCGGCUUCGAGUCCAAGUUUACCGCGGAGGAUGAGCGGCGGCUGGUGAGAAAGCUCGACUGCCGUAUCAUGCCCAUAGCGUGCAUCAUGUACCUCUUUGCAUACUUGGACAGGACAAACUUGGGCAAUGCACGUUUGCAAGGCCUACCUCAGGACGUGUUGCAUGGUGAUCCUACCGGAGUCCUGUUCGACUGGGUCAACUCCGCAUUCUUCUUCUCGUAUAUCCUCUGCCAAAUCCCCGCGACGAUUGUCUCAAAGCUCCUUCCGCCUCGCGCAUGGCUAGGAUGUGCCGCUGUUGGCUGGGGUAUCUGCUCCGUCCUCAUGUCCACCGCGUUUAACUUCCCCGGUCUCAUCGUCGCGCGCGUCGGCCUCGGCGUCUUCGAGGCGGGCUUUGGUCCCGGCAUCCCCCUCUACAUGUCGUUCUUCUACACAAAAGAGGAGAUGGGCAUGCGCAUGGCGUACUGGUUCGGCUUUGCAGCUGUCGCGGGCGCGUUUGGCGGGCUCAUCGCGUUCGGAAUCCAGCAUGUGCACGCGGCCGUGGCGAACUGGAAGCUGCUGUUCGUCGUGGAGGGCAUACCAACGGUGCUGAUUGGGCUGUUGUCCAUAUUGAUUUUGCCCAAUCGGCCCGAGGAGACUUCGAUGUUCAACGAGAAGGAACGCGAGCUUGCGCUGGAGCGCGCAAAUCGGGGUCUCAAGUCGGAUACGGGCCGCGUCGUGAACAAAAGCCACAUAAAGGCAGCGUUCAAGGAUUGGAGGAUCUACGCUGCGGGCGUGAUGUACUUUGGCGCAAACUGCGCCCUCGCGUCGAUCUCAGCAUUCCUUCCGACGAUUAUCAAGACGUUCGGAUUUACGAACGCGCUUGCCCAGCUGCUUACUGUUCCGCCCUACGCCGUUGCGGCGAUCUUCCUGUGCUUGAACUCGUAUAUCUCGGACCGGCUGCAGAGCCGUGGGCCGUUCGUCGCUGGGGUCAGCGCACUCGCCGCCAUAGGCUAUGUGAUCCUGCUUGCGGUUCCGGAGAACGUCCACGCGCGGUACUUUGCGACAUUCUGCAUCGUCAGCGGGACAUAUACGACGAUUGGGGUUAUCAUCGCCUGGUUCGCUCACAAUCUGGGCUCGGAGACGAAGAAAGCGACGGGGAUCCCGAUGUACAUGGCCAUCGGACAGUGCGGCAGCGUGCUCGGCUCGCAUCUGUUCCCCUCGACCGAAGGGCCGCGCUAUAUCAAGGGCUUCGCAGUCACCUGCGCGCUCGAGUUCCUCGCCGCUAUCGUGGCUAUCGUCCUCACAGUCAACUAUCGUCUAGAGAACAAGCGCAGAGACAGGGAGCACGGGAAGCCGAUCCUGAAUGCGACGGUAGACACGUCGGAUCUUGCAGACCAGGCUCCGGACUUCCGCUACGUGCCUUGACGAGGCUGAGAAAGGUGAUGACGAAUACGAACCCAUACAUUUACGAUGUCAUGUUUGUGUACCCCUGUAUUCUAAUGUAAAUUAGCACCCCCGGCUUCUCGCGACUUGCCGCAUGUAGUACGCUGUGUCUUGUCGAACAUCGU